GGUAAAGGAGUACAAUUCGAUUUGUUUGACUAUUUAUAUUCGCUGAUGCCCCCAUCGCUUUUGUCUUGUGCGCCAUGCUCACACCUGUUCCUUUUUCCCGCGCUGCGAAGGCGAUCCACGGCAUCACUGUUCUCACACGGGAGGCUAGCCCCUCUCCCUGCUUUUACGCUGCCUCCCUACCACAGUUUCACGGGGUUGGGGUAUUUCCAUGGUCGCGUCGAUAGGGUCGACAAGAAUCAUUACGCGGGGGAAACUUCGAGUUCGUCUAACGCAUCAAACCCAUUCUCGUACGGAAAGUCUUUCCAUGCCGGUGCAUUUCAUGGAGGCAGUGGUGAAGGCGCUCGCUACCAGAGUGGUGAGAAUCGCAAAGCCAAAGGGGGCGAAAGUCGAGAUUCCGCCUCCUCAUCUGAGGCUGAAGAAGAGGAACGCGGAAGUGAGAAUGCUCAUUGUGGCUCCGGAGAGGGCAAUGUCUACGGGAGCGGCACUGCAACCUCGCGUGAACGGCGAGGGAUAAUCAAGAAAUGGGAAAACGCUUUUUUUGGCCGCAAGCAAUACGAGCAAGGGAUGCGAGAACGGUUUCGUGAGGCUGUUAACAGCGAAGCUCAGGAAGAACUCUGUCGCAGGGAACAUUCGGAGUUGUUUCCACGAUGGUCCGAGGACGAAGAAGCCCCACUUGAGGAAUUUCUCACUCUGCCCGCGACGCUGCAACUACGCUAUAUCAUAAAUCGCCUCACCAUGGGGGAGCGGCGGAUACGCUAUGCGAUCGAUUACGGCAGCCUGUCAAUGAUGUAUCAGCUCAACCUAGGAGAGCUUAUGAUACGCGAUGCGGAGAGGCUGCUGAAUGAGCUGGAUUGGUCCAACGACGAUGUUCGGGAACGCAUUGAUGACCUGAAGGCAAUCGCCGUCCGAUUUAAAUAUGAUUACGAUUUGGAUUGAUUCAUACAGACAAUCAAAAAAAAGAAUAAAAAA